AUGAAGGGGAAAUGGAAGCAGAACAGCAAAAAGAAGAAGGGAAAUGUAGUAUUACAGAAGUACAUGGUGGCGGUGGAUGAGUUUAUUAAAAGCAAAAGUGGCACCGAAAAAGAGGAGAAUGACCACGGCUUGAGAUUUGUAAAAAAGAAAAGCAGAAAGGAGCAACGAAAAGAAAAGCGGAAAAUGAAAAAAGCCAAAAUGAAAAAUCAUUAUGAGGGUAAAAAGACCCUCAGUUUACCCCCCGAUGAUGGUGAAAACUCGGGAAUACCAGAGAAGAAGAAGAACAAGAAAAUGGAGAAAGCAAAGAACGAAAUGUCAAAAGCAAAUUCAAGCAAGUCCACUAGUGCCCCUAUUGAAAAAUCAGACAACUCUAAAACGCCCUCAUCUUCCAAGAGAGGAACGAAAAUCAAUAAGCUUCAAGAAUCGAGAAAAAUGGCACUUCUGGAGGCAAAUGAAGAGGAGGACAGAGAAAUAAAGAAAUUAGAGCGCUGCCUGGGAUUGAACAGGAGAAAAAAUAAGAAAAGUCUCCCUCAGUCCUUUGUGGCUGAUGGGCUUGAUUACAUUCUUGGUAUGCUUGACUCCGGCUCAUCGGCUGCGGGGAUGUAUGAUGAUGAUGAUGACAUGGACAUGGCCAAGGAGAACUUUGAAAAGCUCGAUGAGAACGACCCUCAGCUGUCAGACGAGGAUGAACAACCUGAAGAUGAGAUGGCAAGUGAAGGCAGCGAUGAGGAUGUGGGCUCGUUUGAUGAUGAAAAUGAGGUGGAUGAAGAAGGGGAGGAGGAUGAGGAUGGUGACGAUGAAAUGGUUGAGGAGGAAGAAGCAGAGGAGGAGGAAAUGGAGGAUGAGCUGGAUGAGAGUGAUGCAGCUGACUCGGAUGAGGAAGAUGAAGAGGAAGAAGCAGACACUCUUGACACUAAGACAUCAGGCUCCAAGUCAGAAACUGUCAACUCAGCAGCGGGUAAGUACGUGCCGCCUCACUUGCGAAACACUGGAGACGAUAAACGCAAAGCAGAGCUUGAAAAACUGAAGCGGAACGUGAAAGGCCUGGUGAACAGGCUGAGUGAGCCCAACAUGGCAUCCAUCAGUGGUCAGCUGGAGGAGCUGUACAUGAGCUGUAGCAGGAAGGACAUGAAUGAUACCCUAACGGAGGUGCUGCUAGCAGCCUGCGUCACCCCGACCCUGAUGCCUGACAGACUGCUGAUGGAGCACGUCCUGCUUGUUAGCAUCCUCCACCACGCCGUCGGGUUAGAGGUGGGAGCCCAUUUUCUGGAGACGGUCGUGCGAAAGUUUGACGAGGAGUAUAAGAGCGCAGCUGAAGGCAAGGAGUGCGACAACCUGGUCACCAUUGUCGCUCACCUCUAUAACUUCCAGGUGGUGCAUUCUGUCCUCAUUUUUGACAUCCUAAAACUUUUGGUUGGAGCCUUUACAGAGAAGGACAUUGAACUAAUUCUGUUAAUGCUGAGGAAUGUUGGCUUCGCCCUGAGGAAGGACAACGCUCUGGCUCUCAAGGAGCUCAUCUCUGAAGGACAACGCAAGGCCAACAACAUGGGGUCGAAGUUUCAGGAUCAGACAAGGCUGCGUUUCAUGCUGGAAACCAUGCUGGCUUUGAAGAACAAUGACAUGCGGAAGAUCCCCGGCUACGAUCCCGAGCCUGUGGAGAGACUGAGGAAGUUGCAGAGGACACUGAUCCAUCGGAGUGCAGCAGGCAGUGACAUGAAACUGAGGGUCUCUCUGGACAAUCUCCUGGCAGCAGAGCAAGUGGGCCGCUGGUGGAUCGUUGGCUCCUCGUGGAGCGGAGCGCCCAUGAUCAGCGAACAAGGGAGCACAACCUCAAAGCAGAGUGCUGUUGAAGGACAGUUUAGUGCCAAAGUCUUAGAGCUGGCUAGGAAACAGAGGAUGAACACUGAGGUCAGAAGAAACAUCUUCUGUGUGAUUAUGACCAGCGAAGAUUACAUGGAUGCAUUUGAGAAACUGCUCAGGAUGGGCCUGAAGGACAAGCAGGAGAGAGAGAUUGUUCACGUUCUGAUGGACUGCUGUCUGCAGGAGAAAACCUUCAAUGCCUAUUACGCCGUUCUGGGAGAGAAAUUUUGCGCCCAAGAUCGCCGCUUCCAGAUGACGUUCCAGUUCAGCCUAUGGGACAAGUUCAGGGAGCUGUCCAACCUUCCCAGCAGCACCUUUAACAACCUGGUCCAGCUGGUUACCCAUUUCCUGCAGAGGAAGUGCCUCUCACUAUCCAUGCUCAAAGUAAUAGAGUUUGGGGAACUAGAUAAGCCCACGGUGCGCUUCUUGCGUCUGGUGCUGACUAAACUGCUAAAAGAAACUGAGCCUGAGGACCUAGCCAGCAUAUUUGGAAGGAUUUCAGGAAUUCCCAAGCUAGGAAUGCUGCGGGAGGGCUUGAAGCUUUUCAUCAGCCACUUCCUGCUGAAGAAUGCCCAGUCACAGGGACCAGCUGAGCAAGCAGCUAUGCUGUCAGAGCGAGCCCAGGUCGCCACCAAAGCCAUGGAGGCCAAAGAGGCCAAGCUCAAACUGUAAAACGCACACGCACUCACACACACACAGAGCAGAAACCCAACAGAGGUACAUAACAAGACUGUGGAACAGAAGAAGGCUUGUCGGUUAGAAUUGUCUCUUAACGCUAAGAAUUCAAAUCAACAGUUUUCUUUAAAGGAGAAUAUGUUUUUUAUAUUAUGUUCAUGCUUUGGGUAGUCCUUUUAAAUCUAGAAAAUACCGAUGCCUUUAAAGACACACCAGUCUUAGCAUUAUGUAUAUUAUCUUAAUGCAGUGUGUAUUGGUUCACCUUUCUUUUUCUGCAACAAAUAACUACAGAUUUUGCUGAAAAAUAUUUAGCAAUAUCUUGGAUUUUUUACAUAUUUCAUUUUGCAAAUACAUUGCCCAUGAUGGUGCUUGUAUAUUUGUUAAUAAAGCAAGGGCAAAAUAUCAAAAAAGAUUUGUUCUACAUGCAGGCACAGGACUGUAACAAAAUGUUUAUACAAUUUGUUAAACAUUACAAAAAAAAUAAAAUAAAAGCCUAAAUAAAUCACAGACAUUUUUCCU